GCCCAUCCCGCCGCUCAGUCGCCGGUCUUCGGCCUCUGAAGUGGUCGGGCGGCUGCCGGCAAGCCGGCGAUCAGACUGCCCGGCGGGCGGACGGCGGGACCGGCCUGCUGUCUCCGAGGAAGAGGGACGUGGCAAUUUUUCCGGUGUCUAGAAUCCCGUCGGACCCGUGCAGCCUGCCCAGGCCGACGAGGGAGAAACUGAGGAGCCGCAGACUCUCCACCCGUGCCGCCGCCGCCAUGGCUGCCAUGAUGGAUCGGAAGUGAGCCUCAGGGCGACUGCUACCGGCGCCGGCGCUUCGAGUCUGGGUUCCCGGGCCACCGCCGCCGCGGGAAGGGCGGGCGACGCGCCAGACUGCUGACUCUCUCGGCCUUCGCGACCCCUGUCCUCAGCUCGGGCCUGCUUCCUUCCAGACUGAGAGGCGGGGAGUGGCUCCCGGUCUCCGGCCCCGGCAGCGAGGAAGAUGGCGGACCCGGCCGAGUGCAACAUCAAAGUGAUGUGUCGCUUCAGACCUCUCAAUGAGUCUGAGGUGAACCGCGGCGAUAAGUACAUCGCCAAGUUUCAGGGAGAAGACACGGUCAUGAUCGCGUCCAAGCCUUAUGCAUUUGACCGAGUGUUCCAGUCAAACACCUCUCAAGAGCAAGUAUAUAAUGAUUGUGCAAAGAAGAUUGUUAAAGAUGUACUUGAGGGAUACAAUGGAACGAUAUUUGCAUAUGGACAAACAUCCUCUGGGAAGACACAUACAAUGGAGGGUAAACUUCAUGAUCCAGAAGGCAUGGGCAUUAUUCCAAGAAUAGUGCAAGAUAUUUUUAAUUACAUUUAUUCUAUGGAUGAAAAUUUGGAAUUUCAUAUUAAGGUUUCAUAUUUUGAAAUUUAUUUGGAUAAGAUAAGGGACCUGCUAGAUGUUUCAAAGACCAACCUUUCCGUUCAUGAAGAUAAAAACCGAGUUCCCUAUGUAAAGGGAUGCACAGAGCGUUUUGUAUGUAGUCCAGAUGAAGUUAUGGAUACCAUUGAUGAAGGAAAAUCCAACAGACAUGUAGCAGUUACAAAUAUGAAUGAACAUAGCUCUAGGAGUCACAGUAUAUUUCUUAUUAAUGUAAAACAAGAGAACACGCAAACGGAACAAAAGCUGAGUGGAAAACUUUAUCUGGUUGAUUUAGCUGGUAGUGAAAAGGUUAGUAAAACUGGAGCUGAAGGUGCUGUGCUGGAUGAAGCUAAGAACAUCAACAAGUCACUUUCUGCUCUUGGAAAUGUCAUUUCUGCUUUGGCAGAGGGAAGUACGUAUGUUCCAUAUCGCGAUAGUAAAAUGACAAGAAUUCUUCAAGAUUCAUUAGGUGGAAACUGUAGAACCACUAUUGUAAUUUGCUGCUCUCCAUCAUCGUACAACGAAUCUGAAACAAAAUCUACACUCCUGUUUGGUCAAAGGGCCAAAACAAUUAAGAACACAGUUUGUGUAAAUGUAGAAUUAACUGCAGAACAGUGGAAAAAGAAGUAUGAAAGAGAAAAGGAAAAAAAUAAGACCCUGCGGAAUACCAUUCAAUGGCUUGAAAAUGAACUCAACCGGUGGCGUAAUGGAGAGACAGUGCCUAUUGAUGAACAGUUUGACAAAGAGAAAGCCAACUUGGAAGCUUUUGCAGUGGAUAAGGAUAUUACCAUCACCAAUGAUAAACCCGCAGCUACGAUUGGAGUUACUGGAAACUUUACUGAUGCUGAGAGAAGAAAGUGUGAGGAAGAAAUUGCUAAAUUGUACAAACAACUUGAUGACAAGGAUGAAGAAAUUAAUCAACAGAGCCAGUUGGUAGAGAAACUAAAGACACAAAUGUUGGAUCAAGAAGAGCUUCUGGCAUCGACCAGAAGAGAUCAAGAUAAUAUGCAAGCUGAACUGAAUCGCCUUCAAGCAGAAAAUGAUGCCUCUAAAGAAGAAGUAAAAGAAGUUUUACAAGCCUUAGAGGAGCUUGCUGUCAAUUAUGAUCAGAAGUCUCAGGAAGUCGAAGAUAAAACUAAGGAAUAUGAAUUGCUUAGUGAUGAACUAAACCAGAAAUCGGCAACUUUAGCAAGUAUAGAUGCUGAACUUCAGAAACUUAAGGAAAUGACCAACCACCAGAAAAAACGAGCAGCUGAGAUGAUGGCAUCUUUACUAAAAGACCUUGCAGAAAUAGGAAUUGCUGUAGGAAAUAAUGAUGUAAAGCAGCCUGAGGGAACUGGCAUGAUAGAUGAAGAGUUCACUGUUGCAAGGCUCUACAUUAGCAAAAUGAAAUCAGAAGUAAAAACAAUGGUAAAACGCUGCAAACAGUUAGAAAGCACGCAAACUGAGAGCAACAAAAAAAUGGAAGAAAAUGAAAAGGAGUUAGCAGCAUGCCAGCUUCGUAUCUCUCAACAUGAAGCCAAAAUCAAAUCAUUGACUGAAUACCUUCAAAAUGUGGAGCAAAAGAAAAGACAGCUAGAGGAAUCUGUCGAUUCCCUCAGUGAAGAACUAGUCCAACUUCGUGCACAAGAGAAAGUGCAUGAAAUGGAAAAGGAGCACUUAAAUAAAGUUCAGACUGCAAAUGAAGUUAAGCAAGCUGUUGAACAGCAGAUCCAGAGCCACAGAGAAACACAUCAAAAACAAAUUAGUAGUUUGAGAGAUGAAGUUGAGGCAAAAGAAAAACUUAUUACUGAUCUUCAAGACCAAAACCAGAAAAUGAUGUUAGAACAGGAACGUCUGAGAGUAGAGCAUGAGAAAUUGAAAGCUACAGAUCAGGAAAAGAGCAGAAAACUACAUGAACUUACAGUCAUGCAAGAUAGACGAGAACAAGCAAGACAAGACUUGAAAGGUUUGGAAGAGACAGUGGCAAAAGAACUUCAGACUUUACACAACCUGCGUAAGCUCUUUGUUCAGGACUUGGCCACCAGAGUUAAAAAGAGUGCCGAGAUUGAUUCUGAUGACACUGGAGGCAGUGCUGCUCAAAAGCAGAAGAUCUCCUUUCUUGAAAAUAAUCUUGAACAACUCACUAAAGUGCACAAACAGUUGGUACGUGAUAAUGCAGAUCUUCGCUGUGAACUUCCUAAGUUGGAAAAGCGACUUAGAGCUACAGCUGAGAGGGUAAAAGCUUUGGAGUCAGCACUGAAAGAAGCCAAAGAAAAUGCAUCUCGUGAUCGCAAACGCUAUCAGCAAGAAGUAGAUCGUAUAAAGGAAGCAGUCAGGUCAAAGAAUAUGGCUAGAAGAGGACAUUCUGCACAAAUUGCUAAACCUAUUCGUCCUGGGCAACAUCCAGCAGCUUCUCCAACUCAUCCAAGUGCAAUUCGUGGAGGAGGUGCAUUUGUUCAGAACAGCCAGCCAGUAGCAGUUCGAGGUGGAGGAGGCAAACAAGUGUAACCUCUACACAUUACCCACAGGCAUUGAAAGUAAUUGAAUAAGAAGAGGACAUAAUAUCAAGCAGAGUCUUUCAGUGACUAUAACCUCUACCCCCUGGGAAUUGUAGAAUUAUAACUUUUUUUUAAUGUAUAAAUUAUACCUGGCUUGUACAGCUGUUUCCUACCCACUCUUCUUGUAAACUCUGCUGCUUCCCAACACAACUAGAGUGCAAUUUUGGCGUCUUAGGAGGGAAAAAAAUGACAGUUUACAACUGUGGUCCUAUUUAUUACACAGUUUGUCUUUUGUGUCUUAAAUUUAGUCUUCACUGUGCCAAGCUAACUGUACCAUAUAGGAUUGUGCUUUUUGUACUUUUUUGUGUGUGUGUGUUUAUUUUUUAAUCUCAGUUUAAGUUACCUAGCUGCUACUGCUUUUUAUUUUGCUUUUCUUAUUACGAUGUCUUCCUUAUUUAGGGAAAAUGGAACAUUUAGAUUAAAUGUCUUAAAUUUUACCACUUAAAACACUACAUGCCCACAAAAUAUAUCCAGUCAGUACUGUACUUUAAAAUCCCUUGAAAUGAUUUCAGAGUUAAAAUUAUUUGUAUCGUCUCUGAAGUUUGCUUCUGAAAACUACUGUUUGAGCACUGAAACCUUAAAACUGCAUAAGUAGGCAUUUGAGACUGAGCAAUGCUACUUAAUUCUCUCAUGAAAUGCCUGUUGCUAAAUUAUCUUGAAGCAGUCUCACUUUAUGAAAGAGAGUUUGGAGACUCUUCCCAGUUCUGUAAUCAAUAUGGCCUGAUGGAAUGAAAAUACCCUGCUUCAUUCUGGUGAGCCUGCUAAUUAAUAUAAGAAUUGGACAGAUUAAUUUAUCAUCUUAAUAUAGUGAAAUGAAUUAAGAUACUACACGAUCAAACAGCAUUUUAUAUUGUUAGUGCUGUAUCGAUUAUUCUAAAUUUAUAGUCUGUGAAAAUUGAGAAAAAGUAUGGAAGAACAGGACAAGUAUAUGGUGAACUUACAAACACGUUGAUUAAUUUUGGUCUGAAAUCCUUGAGGUGUUUUUAAUCUGUUAACACCAAGUCAUACACUAUAAUUUAUUUCUUGUUUAGUCUAGAAAUGAUAAAUUGCAAGUCACUAAUCCUCAAAUUAUUGUGUUGGCUAUAGCCCCUAAUUUUGUAAUUAGUACUAAGUGUACCUGUUUUUGCCAUUCUUCUCAGCUGAUUAGGCGACGUCAAGUUUAUUUUCAGAAGCUAUAAAAGUAAUAAGGAAAGAGGUUUCAAUAUUUGCUUCAUCUGUGCGUGGGGUGACUACAGCUAUAUUAGCAGAAAUUUGCAGAGGAUGAGGAUUUAAGGUUAUUCAGUCAGUAAAGAAAGUUGGAGAGUUCUGUGUUAGGAUCUGGCUGGCAGAAUUAACUUUUUGAAAAAGUUUUAUACACAGAUAUUUGUAUUAAAUUUGGAGCCAUAGUCAGAAGACUCAGAUCAUAAUUGGCUUAUUUUUCUAUUUAACUAUUGUAAUUUCCACUUUUAUAAUAGUUUUGAUUUAAAAGAUAAAUUUAUUUAUUUAUUUUUUUAACAGUCAAAAAUCCUUGCUGUUGUAGUAUGCAACCUUUAAAAUGAUUGUGUUGCUUUUGAUCAAAGAAACACUCCAGAAAUUGAGAUGAAACCUUGGUGUGCAGCAAGAUUGAAGUAAUACAGUUAACUU